AAGAGCUCAUGAAGUAGAAAUUACACGUCGGAAGAAGGAAAGCUGCAUCUACAAAUCUCAAAAAAGGAGUUGGAUUGCAUUUCCUUCUUGUUCUGGCUGUUGCUGUUUAUUAGUCCUGUUGGAUUAUUUAUGGGUGGAAAGUCUUCUUCAGGUCUGCGGUGAAAUUGCUUUGUCACGACUAAUUGGCGUGUGGAUUUUCUUAUUUCUUAAAAAAUACAAAUCAUCCUCAUGAUCACUGGCUUCAAAAUCUGCCCUGAUUGCUUCCUUCCGGUCAAUGCCCUUGUUUCGUGGUUUAAACCGGAGAUCCUUUAGGGUUUUUGCUGUGGAUUUGGUUGGGAAGCUGAGCAUCGAGAUAGUGAGCGCAAUGUGUUUAUGCUGAUAGGUUACUGAGCAAGUAAUCUUCUUGCUUUGAUGGGAAGAUAGCAGAUCUUGGAUGGAUGUACUGCGGCUAAGAUCGGUUUCGUUUGUUUGAGUUGUUUGGCACAAGUUCAAGCAGCUCAGAAUGGAUGCAUUAUAUUCUCAAAUAACCUCAUGAGCGUAUUCCAAAGGCCAUCGAGGGAGUUUUCAUUUAUGCUGUACCUGGAAUCGCCAACCAUAGUAGAUGGGAAAGCACACGAAAGUUGUUUCCAUUUGCUUUUGCGGUCUACUAUGCUUGAAUUUCAUUAGCUGUGAAGGGACCCAAAAUGGGCCAGAUGAGGUGAAAUGGGCAUGCAAUUGUGCCGCUAAUCCUCUGGCAGUAUUCAAUUCCUCUAGCGCUUAUAAUUGUUCUACAUCUUGUCAUUGCAUACCAGAUGAAGUAGGAGAGCCAGAUGGUGUAAGCUGGAAUUGUUCUUGUGCAACUUUUGCAACUCAAGCCACUGAAAGCAUCCACAGAUCCAGCUGCUUCACAUCCUGCAACUGUACUUUUGGCUCAGCAGAAAAUUCAACGGCACAGAAGCACAUCACCUGGAUGGUUGUUAUGGUCGUUCUUAUAGUCUGUGUUGCGAUCAUAUCAAUAGCUUUUCUUGCUUCUAUUGCAUUUCAUUUUUGCCAAAAGGACAAGCUCUUUCUCCAACGACAGAUAUAUUCUUCUACAAGAGACACAAGCUUCAACAGUUCGGCAAACUUAAUAAGCUAUCGAUCUGCUACAUUAUUGCGAAGCCAGCAUAAGACUGAUACCCUGCUCGGCCCUUUCAUAGAAUUUCUACGAAGGAUUUCUGUCAUAUUUAAAGGGGAAAAGCACACCUUACCUGGAACAACAAUCCAGUUCUCAUAUUUUGAACUGGAACAGGCAACUGAUAGAUUCUCCGAUGCAAAUCUGAUUGGACAAGGCGCGAGCAGCAAUGUUUUUCGUGGUAAACUGUUGGAUGGAAGGAUUGUUGCCAUUAAGAAACUAAAAGCGCUUAGUGAGACAGAAGAAGAUUCUGGUUUUCUAACUGAGAUUGAAAUAAUAUCAAGGCUCAACCACUGUCAUGUUGUACCCUUACUCGGAUACUGCUGUGAAUAUCAAAGCAGAAGCUAUGAGAGGCUACUUGUAUUUGAGUACAUGUCAAAUGGUAAUUUACGAGAUUGUUUGGAUGCAAAACAUGGUAAAGAACCCAUCAGUUGGGCUACUCGCGUUCAUGUUGCUUUAGGAGCCGCAAGGGGCUUGGAAUAUUUACAUGAAGCAGCUGCCCCAAGGAUAUUGCAUCGUGACAUCAAGUCCACCAACAUUCUCUUAGAUGAAAAUUAUAAACCAAAGAUUACUGACCUUGGCAUGGCCAAGUAUUUAAUGUCCGAUGAUCACCCGAGCUGUUCAAGCUCCCCGGCAAGGAUGUUGGGAACAUUUGGAUAUUUUGCACCUGAAUAUGCCAUUGUAGGAAAAGCUUCACUAAAGUCUGAUGUUUUUAGUUAUGGUGUAGUUAUUUUGGAAUUGAUCUCAGGGCGUCAACCAAUACAAAAAUCAGCUAAGGGUGAUGAGAGUCUUGUGAUUUGGGCAACAGCUCGCUUGAAUGAUAGCAAGUUGGUUGUAACUGAAUUACCUGACCCUCUUUUAAAAGGAAACUUCCCUGAGGAAGAGAUGCAAAUAAUGGCUCAUUUAGCAAGAGAAUGUCUCCAAUGGGACCCAGAUUCUCGACCGACAAUGACAGAAAUUGUUCAGAUCCUCACCACGAUUGCUCCUGAGAAGUAUCAGAGGAGGAACUUCCAUGAAAACUUCCAUAUGUGCUGUUGGUUCAUUGCUCCUUCGCGUUAG